UCCACACAAUAAACACUCAAUAUAGUCGAGGAUAUAUCCAUAUCCUAAGCUAUGCUCUCUAAUUAGUCUGCCCGGUCCGGUGUUUCGAGUUAGUACUAUCUUAGCUCGUAGAACAUUGCCUUCCCAUGUAGAUUUAAAUAUCUCUCACUAACGAGCAUGCACCUUCUUGAACUGGCUGACAGAUGGUCGCUGAUCGCCAGUCACCUACCAGGCCGGACUGACAACGAGAUCAAGAAUUACUGGAACGCGCAUCUCAGCCGGCGGAGCCACAGCUUCCGGCACACGCACACCGCCGGCAAGGAAACCACCAUAACCAUCGACAUCAACAAGAUUUCCGCCACUUCGAAGCGGCGAGGCGGUCGGGCACCCAGGAGCAGCAUGAAGAAGCAGCCGGUGCCUGAACCCACCAAGUCAACGGAAAGCUCUAGCCCGGUCCCUGCCAUAUCAUCAUCAACAUCAAGCCUACCUCAGGGCUACUCGGACAAGAACCAGCCCAUCAACAGCAUCCCUAACGAUAUGCCCUGCAGCGACCAUGUAGAUCUGAAUGGUGGUGUCCUGAAGCCCAACUAUGCGAAGGACUCAAUGAAUCAGAUUGGGAUUUUGGAGGAGGAAAGUGAGAUUGAGGGCCUGCUAUCAAGCAUGGACGACAUGCCGGCUAGUGGGCUUAAUGGCCUUCAACAUGGAGGCCACCUUCCUCUGGUGGAGGAUCUCCUGGACAUGGACUGGGAGGGUUUUGCGACCCACCUAUGGGACCAGCCAGCCCAGAGUGAUCAGCUCCAGCCUGCUGAGCCGCAGGCAACAAUGGGCUCCGUGUCGGACGAGCUCGAGUCAUUUGUCCAUUGGCUCCUCUCCGACACGUGCUAAGAGAAUCAAUCGCAGAAUAGUAGAGACGAGUAGCCAUAAACCAUAGAGGAAGAAGAUAAAGGUGACAUGUGUGCUAGUCCUCCAAGCCUCCGUGCGGCAUAGUCACAUCUUCAGCAGCCAGAGAA